CUCAUCAUAUAAAUAAUAACAACCCAAAACUGAGCUAGCAUGUGGAAAAGCUGUCAGGGAAGUAGCUCGAUUUCACUCACAUUUCCAGCAGUCUGGUAGCUCAACACCUUGUUCGGCAGCUUUGUAAGCUAACAGAGGACCCCAGGCAGGUACGAGCAACAGCAUGUCGGUCGACAGCGUGUUUAGAACUCGGUCUCUCGGUGUGGCCGCCGAGGGGCUUCCUGACCAGUACGCCGAUGGCAAAGCAGCCAAAGUGUGGGAGCUGUACAUCGGAGACACGCAGAGCAGGACGCAGGAGUACAAGAGCUGGGUGCUGUCUCUGCUUAAGCAGCAGGGAGUGCGGAGGGUGCUGGAUGUAGCCUGCGGAACAGGAGUCGACUCUAUAAUGUUGGUAGAGGAGGGGUUCAAUAUGGUGAGUGUGGACGCCAGCGACAAAAUGCUAAAGUAUGCACUGAAGGCAAGAUGGGACAGAAGAAAAGAGCCGGCAUUUGACCAGUGGGUGAUUGAAGAGGCCAACUGGCUGACAUUAGCUGACGACAUUCAGAAACCAGGAAACGGCUUUGAUGCCGUUAUCUGCCUCGGCAACUCAUUUGCCCAUUUACCAGACUUUAAAGGGGACCAGAGUGACCACAAGUUGGCCCUUCAAAACAUUGCCAGUAUGGUAAGACCAGGUGGGAUCCUCAUCAUUGACCACCGUAACUAUGACUACAUCCUGGAGACCGGGCGGGCACCGCAAGGCAAAAACAUCUAUUACAAGAGCGACCUAACUCAGGACAUCUCCACCUCGGUGCUGUGGGUCAACAGUAAGCCUCAUAUGAUCACUCUGGACUACACCAUCCACGUCCCACAGGCCACCACCAAGAAUCUUCCUGAAGUCAGUAAAUUCCGUUUGUCCUACUAUCCUCACCGCCUGGAGAGCUUCAAAGGGUUGCUGACUGAGGCCUUCAAUGGCAAACUGGAGCACAACGUCUAUGGAGAUUUCAAUACAUAUGUACCGGGCCAGACAAAGGCCCCCUGCUACUUCAUCCACGUCUGCAAGAAGACCGCCUGAGAGAAACACACAGAUCUACCUAGAAGAGAAUCAAUCUGUUUAAGCCCCUAAAUGUUCUUACAGUCCUCCAAGUUUGGGCAAACUUCUGUUUGAAUAUGUUUUUUAAAAUAUUUUAUGUAAAAUUGCUUCCAAAAAAUAUAGCAACAGUUUGAUUUUAAAUCCCAAACGGACACUAAUGUGUCACUCAGUGGUCCAUAGGAGAUUAUGAGUACCCAAAGAUAAAGCAAUUGAAAUAAGAGUGUAAGAUUUUUAUUUGUAGAAAAAUAUUGCUUUAGAGCAAUGUUAAGUUUGGUUUGCUUACAUUUUAAUGAAAAAAUGUAAAGAUCCACGCUAAAACACUGAAGCAGCAGACACUGUACUAUUGAAUGAUAUCGAUCUCUUUGCUCUAAAAGUGUAAAUUGAUUUAAAACGCAGUUUGUACUUUGAGUUGGUCAAACCUAGUAAUAUUAUGACUAUUUUAAAGAUAUAUUCAAAAUGUAUUGGAUCACUGUUUUGCCCAUAUCUGGUCAUUUCUCCAAAGUGCUGUGUGCUGCGUUUGUGUUUCCCUCAUUUCCUCCUUGCUUUUAGAACUUUGGUCUUGUUUCAGAAUGGUGCUGUACAUUAUUGAUAUUUCUCAUGAUGGACAACCUACUGUCUGUCAUUGCCAAUAAUGUACAAAGAUAUAUUCUUAAUAAUUGUUUUGUAAGUUUACCACUUGAGUCUUAAAACACAGACGAAACAUGUGUGGCCUUGAUUACAGAAGCCUUUAUUUUUUAUGUGUUUUCAAGCUGAAAGUGGAGCUGAUCUCAUUCUGGCCUGUAGCUUUUCUUGAGGUCGAAACAAAACUUUGACAGGCGCAGCAUGACAGCAGUUUAAAUAUAUCAGUUCAUUAGCCUUACUUUUAUGAGGUCUUCCCCCCUGCUUCAAUUUGUUUAAUGAAAAUCUUGCACAGGCUGUGAUUUAAAAUAAUCCUAGAGAACAGCCAGUAAAGACUGUGAAUCACCCCGACUUCUUAAAAGGCCUGAUGAAUCUGCUGGAGUUUAACACAGGACUAAACAAGAAGCACUUACCUGUUCGUGACAUCAAGAGUCCUUUACCUUUAAGUGUCUUUGACCAGCUCACUAAAUCCCUAUCAGCUCCAGAGUUAAGUGACCUCUGACCUCUCAAAAGCUCGGGUACAAACAUGAGAUUUUCCAGUAAAGCCUCCUAAGAGUUCCUUAUAUGGGAACUAACUUAGCUUUUACUGUUGUACUUUAAGCUGUGUUUCACUGAGUGCUAGUUUCUCUUAGUUUUUGGCACAAUUAAGUUUACUUUGUCUUAGCCAACAGACAAUCUUUAAAUUUUGUGAUAAUUACUGCUAAUGAACGUACAACAGGCCAGACAUGCGUCAACUCAGUGACUGAACCGUUUUAGAGCCAGUGGCUCUAAGCUGGGUUUAGCAAACCAAAAAGUUGAAAGUAGUAAUAACUAAAUACUAAAUACCCAACAGUUUUUAAGAAAUGCGUUGAUCAACCAAAGAUGUUUUAAAAGUGUUUUCCUUAAUCUAAAAAUUUCAAAAGAAGGAAAACCUUGAAUGUUUUUCACUCAUGCUGCACACUGCGUACUGUGCAGUCUCAAAUAAUUGAGUUUACCCAAAUAAUGAGGGGAACACAAUGGAAGAAUAAUUUACUUUGCUGUAUUAUCCGCGUGCAAAUACAUCUUGCUUUGAUGCCAAAUUAAAAAUGUAGUUUUCACUUGAAUGAGAAAGGAGCUCUAUGGCAGAAUACUCAAAUAUUACAAGCGUCUGUACUGUUUGCCUAAACAGGACUGUGUGGUGCAUUCAAAGUUGUUCCAGUGCAGCUUGUAGAACAAAACGUACAAUACGAGGUGGCUUGUGAUUAAUUUGAGAUUAACAGUAGUUUCAAAAAGUGGUAUGAAUGGCUGAAUGUUUGAAAAUGAUUUCAGAAAAGUCAUAUUAUGUUGCCAAUUCUUCAAAGAAAAGUGUGAAACAUUUUAUAAAGUUUACUGCAUAUGUGAUGAUUGAAAUUCAUAUGCAUGAAAUAAAGAUAUUUAAAAUAGGUAGCUUAA